AUGAUCCUACUUUGUUUCAACCUCGAGGGUUUUCCUCAGAACCGAUCGCCAGCGGGAUUGACGUCGGACAGCAUGUCCCACGAAGAUGAUUCUCCACCCGUGAACCGUUUCUCGCGCGCUCUCUGGCACUUCAGUCCUCAAUGGUUCUUGAUCCCGCAAGGCACCGGCAUCAUCGCCGUGCUCCUGCACCAACUGCACUACCAAUUCGGCGCACUUCCAAUCCUUGCCAAGAUCGUCUGGAUCUAUACAAUCGCCCUAUUCGGUAUCACUCUAGCCCUCUACAUCCUGCGCGUCAUCAUCCACCCCCACCAUGUCAUUCACAAGCUCCGCACUGAUCUCCUCGAAACCUCCUGCCUCGCCAGCAUCUCCAUCACCUUCACCAGCAUCAUCGAGAUGGUCAGUCUCCAAUACGGCUCCUCCGCCGGCCUCCCCGCCUACAUCCUCUGGUGCAUCAGCACCGCCCUCGCUAUCAUCGCCGUCAUCCUAAUUCCCUACACCCAACUCAAACUCCAACCCCCGGGUAUCGAACACAUUCCACCUUCCAUCCUCCUCCCCGUCAUCGCAGCCCUCACUUCCGCCGCCGGAGGCGGCGUCAUCUGCACCUCCGCAAACAUCAGCCCCCGCCUCCAAGUCCCCACCAUCAUCAUCUCGUACCUCGAAGUCGGAACCGGAUUCGCUCUUGCCCUCGCCUUUACCGCCAUCGUGCUUCUUGAACACUUCAACCGGACAUAUCCCACGCCGAGCAAAGUCUACCAGGACAUGGUCCUCUGCGGACCCUUCGGACAAGGUGGAUUCGCACUACAGGGUCUCGGCACCGCUGUCUUACAGGGUUCUUUUGCGUCGUAUAACCGCGGCACGUUCCUCACUGCCGAAGCGGCCCGUCCGAUCGCGUAUAUUAGCCAGUGGGCGGGGUUGAUGUCUUGGGGCUUCGGCACUUUCUGGUGGUGUUUUGCCACCUAUGGCGGCUUGGGCGUUGAUAUUUCCGUGGGGCGUGUAUACCAAUUGUGCGGUGCAGUUGGGGAAGAUUAUGGAUUCGCCCGCGCUGCAUGUUUGGUCGACGGUGCUGGUUAUCUUGUUGGUUGUGAUGGCUAUUUGGUUGAGUUUGUGUACUGUCAAAGCAAUAGCGACGGGAUCGAUAUUUGA